GCUCGUGGCCUUUUUACAGUUGAAAUCAGAAAUCCGGAGAGAAGCUAAACCCUCGUUACAUUUAUCGUUGGAUACACAACAAAUCUAGAGAGAGAGAAAGAGAGAGAUGGAGUGUGUCUUCGGAUUGGUGGGGAAGGGUUACGCUCUGGUUGUGGCCGAUACAUCGGCGGUGCACAGCAUUUUGGUUCACAAAUCCAACGAAGACAAAAUCAUGAUCCUCGAUUCUCACAAGCUCAUGGGCGUUAGCGGCGAAGCCGGUGACAGAGCUCAAUUUACGGAGUACAUACAGAAGAACGUGGCGCUGUACCACUUUCGCAACGGCAUCCCGUUGACCACUGCCGCUGCCGCGAACUUCACCCGAGGCGAGCUUGCCACUGCCUUGCGCAAGAGUCCAUAUUUUGUGAAUAUUAUUCUGGCUGGCUACGACAAGGAGACAGGCCCCUCCCUAUACUACAUUGACUAUAUUGCUACACUUCACAAGGUUGACAAGGCAGCAUUUGGUUAUGGAUCCUACUUCUCACUCGCCAUGAUGGACAGACACUACCACAAGGACAUGUCAUUGGAAGAAGCAAUUGAUCUGGUUGACAAGUGCAUAAUGGAAAUUCGGUCCAGGCUGGUUGUGGCCCCGCCAAAUUUUGUUAUCAAGAUUGUUGACCAAGAUGGAGCUAGGGAGUAUGCCUGGCGCGAAUCUAUUAAGGAUGUCAUAUAGGUUCAGCCUAAUGUGUUUUGGCGCUUGGAGGCUUGCCUGUUCUUUAUUUUCCUUUUCACUUUGAUGGACCGGCUUGGAGAAAUUUUAUUGUUGUGGAACUAUAUUCAAAUAUCUGAAGCUACUCUUGUUUAAUUUGCUUAGAUACUAUGGUUGUAGUAUUUUGGAAACCCUCAAUGGAGUGCCCUUUCCUGAA